AUGGCUCCGAAUAACUAUACCCGGCGUCGCGCUGGGCUCCUCUCCUGGUCACAGACUGCCGCUGCCGCUGCGAUUGCUAUCGUCACCAUGAUGGCGGUCUUACCCCAAGUUGAAGCGUCUGAGGCUGCUGGUGACCAGCAUCGUAGGGAUAUACCAUCCGGCAAGCGGAACGUCAUCCUCAUGGUGUCUGAUGGUAUGGGCCCUCAAAGUGUCGAUAUGGCCCGAACCUUCCGCCAGUGGCAGACUGGUGCUGAGAACGUCCUCUUCUUGGACAGCUACCUUAUCGGCCAAUCACGCACGAGAUCGUCCAACAACCCAAUUACGGACUCCGCAGCGGGAGCUACUGCAUUUUCUUGUGGAAAGAAGACCUAUAAUGGCGCCAUUGCUGUACUGCCUGACCACACUCCUUGCGGCACUGUCUUGGAGGGUGCAAAGGCUGCUGGGUACAAGACUGGUUUGGUUGCCACUACUAGAAUCACAGACGCAACUCCCGCUGUUUUUGCCGCCCACGCCAACUCGCGCUCGUACGAAGAUUUAAUCGCGGAGCAGGAGAUUGGAGAAAACCACCCGCUAGGCCGCCAGCUUGAUCUUCUCCUUGGAGGGGGGAGAUGCCACUUCCUUCCAGGUAAUUCUGGAGGCUGCCGUGACGAUAACAAGGACAUUGUCAAGCUUGCGAAAUCCAAAGGCUUUUCAUAUAUCGGUGAUCGUAGAGGGUUUGAUGGCUUGAAUGGUGGAUCAGCUGCUAGGCUCCCUCUCCUCGGACUUUUCGCCGAUAACAACAUUCCCUUCGAGAUUGACCGCCGAUAUCAGAAUAACGUGUAUCCUUCUCUGGAAGAGAUGACUCGUACUGCCCUUAGGGCCUUGAGUGAUGCCACGCGUGAUAGUAAUCAAGGUUUCUUUAUCAUGAUUGAAGGCUCACGUAUUGACCAUGCUGGUCACGGCAAUGAUCCCGCCGCCCAAGUUCAUGAAGUUGUCGCUUUCGACCGAGCGUUUGCUGCCGUUUUGGAAUUCCUCAAGCACGAUUCUACCCCUGGAAUUCUUAUUAGCACCUCAGAUCACGAAACAGGUGGUUUGUCUGCCAAUAGGGCACGAGCAAAUAUUCUCGGUAACGCAUCCCACUCCGCCGAAUACCUCGGGCAGGUACUGGAGAGUCACGGCGGCGAUAGCAACAUUGCUCGCCAGUUAGUGGCGGACGGCCUAGGAAUUCGCGAUGCGUCAGAUCGAGAGAUUGAUUCUGUUGUUCGAAACGGAGAGGAAGGCUUUGCUGAUCUCAUCAGUCAAAGGGCACAAGUUGGAUGGUCGACCCAUGGCCACACUCCUGUCAACGUCAAUAUUUACGCCUCUUCCCCCCAGGACGCCCGUGCUCUUGCCGGUACUCACGAGAACACCGAGAUAGGUGCUUUCCUGGCGAACUAUCUCCGCGUGGACCUUGACGCCAUCACGAGACGGCUAAAGGGCAUCAAAACCACGCCUCGUCGUAGAGCUGUGCCCGACUACUCCUGGAUGGGUAAUCCACUUUCUGAGGAAGCCCUCAAGAGAUUUACCAAUGACCACGGUAUCUCGCCCAAAGCGUGA